AUGACGUCUGAUAUUUUUGUCAAGUGGGUGCGGGACUGGGAUCGAGAACUGAAUAAAAAAAAGAAAAAGAUCCUGCUUCUGGUUGAUAAUUGUCCAGCUCAUCCGUCAGUCAGCGACUUGAGAAGCAUAACUCUCGUAUUCCUGCCUCCUAACACAACAUCUACACUACAACCUAUGGACCAAGGAAUUAUUCGGGCGUUAAAGUCUAACUUUCGUAAAAACUUGGUUCUAAAAAUUAUCGCCAGUCUUGAGGCAAAUAAAGACGCCUGUAGCGCCAAAAAUCCGAAAAUCACCAUACUGGAUGCCAUUCUCAUGAUAUAUGAUGCCUGGAACAAACUUACGUCAGCAACGAUUUCCAACUGUUAUAAACACGCUGGAUUUGUCCGAGACAGUGCCAGUGUUGCUGCCGACAACGAUGAUGGUGACAUUGAUGAUGAUGUGCCGCUGUCUGUUUGGGCAAGAGCUCUGAAUAAAGGACUUCCGAUAGGAAAUGAAGAACUUGAACAUUAUUCUACUAUUGAUGAUGAUCUCGUAACGUGUGAGGAGCCGACUGACGAAAAUAUUGUACAAAAUAUUAUCGUCAACAGUCAAGAUAGCGAUGAUAAUAAUGACGUCGAUGGCCAGGAACAAAAUUGUACUACUCCAAGUGUAUCAGAAGCUCUAAAAGCUGCAGAAGUACUGACUUUGUUUGUGCAUUCUAAUUUUGAAGACGACAACAUGAAAAGUAUUAUGUCUCAAUUGCAUAAUGCAGUCCGUACUUCUUACUAUAAAAAUAAAAAACAAAAACAAUCAAAAAUUACCGACUUUUUGCAGUAG